AUGGCAGUGCGAGUGGUGCUGGUGACUGUGGUGGCGGUGAUUGUGGUGGCGACUGCGGGUGGUCGUGAUGGUGUGGCGAGUGCUGCGCCUGUGGCCACGCAAGGGAGCGGAACACAGCCACAACAACUUCACCUUGCAUUGACGAAUGACUUGAGUCAGCGCACCGUGUCGUACGUGACACUGGAGUCCACUGACCGUUCAGUGACUACCUUUGGCGCGAGCCCGUCCCAGCUCACUCGGCGUGUCAAUUGCACCAACCGACCGUUCACGGACGGUGGCUUGACGCAUCGCACCAUCUAUUUGCACGAGUGUGUUCUUUCCAAUCUCGACUUUGCAACUCGCUACUUUUACAAGGUGGGAGACGGCGAUGCUGUGUGGAGCCCGGUGCUGAACUUCACCACCUGGGCGCGAGAUGACCCUGAACUCACACUUGCGGUGUACGGGGACAUGGGUGUGAUCAACGCGCGCUCCUUGAAGCCCUUGCAGCAGGACCUUGCUGAGGGUGGCUAUGACCUGAUCCUCCACGUUGGCGACUUUGCGUACAACAUGGACACGGACGAGGGCAAGCGAGGUGACGCGUUUAUGAACAUGAUUGAGCCGCUUGCUGGCCACGUGCCAUACAUGACUUGUCUCGGGAACCACGAAACGGCGUACAACUUCUCCCACUACACGGAACGUUUUGCUGCCAUUGCCCAGACCACCACCUCCGGCAACAACUGGUGGUUCUCCUGGGACGUGUCCGUCGUUCACUUUGUCGCCCUCUCCUCUGAGAUUUACUACAACUUCUACCUUUACCCGUACGUGAAAAUCACGGAGCAGCUGCAGUGGUUGGAGCGUGACUUGCAGCGUGUCGACCGGUCCAAAACGCCGUUUGUUGUCGUGUAUCUACACCGUCCACUCUACUGCAGCAACACAGACGACCUGCCAGAUUGCUCCCUUGAUACACAGCACAUUCGCGAAGGCUUCACACACCAGGGGCAGUUUUACCCAGGGCUGGACGCGUUCAUGUACAAGUACAACGUGAACCUUGUGCUCGUUGCCCACGAGCAUUCUUACGAACGCACGUGGCCGGUGUACAACUCCACCGUUGAUCCGACACAGACAAAUCCUCACGUGUACCACAACCCGCAAUACCCGACACAUAUCGUCUCUGGGGCGGGUGGGUGCGAUGAAGACCUCGACUACUACGACGAGCUGCAUCACGGGCCAUGGAGCCUUGUCCGUUCUGCUUCGUACGGCUACGGCCACUUGCACAUCGUCAACAGCACCCACCUUCACUGGACGCAGUUUCUUGCAGAGGGGCGCAACGGGACCGACGAGUUCUGGUGCGUUUCGUGA